UCAAGACGUUCAACUACCAAGUGAAACGUAUUUCCUACUUUAAACAUCCUUUUGGACACUGUCAUAAUCUGUCUGCCUGGAUCACGCGGAAUAACGACCACAGUCUAGUAUCAGCGCGACCAAUUGGUGUCGCUUAUACUGCGCGCGACCUCGGAUUCUCAAGUCCGCGUUUCGAUUCUUGCUUAGGAUAAUCUCCUUCGACCGCGCAUAACACAUCACAGACGAGCGACAUGUUAUAGCGUCAGAAGCAGUGUUCUUGUUAAGAGUACGUACUGAUUCUUCGGACCAAGCCGUCGCGAUCCAGUCUGUUGCCACUCUCCGCUGCGCGAGAUCGUCACCUGUACACCAUGGAGUCUCGACAGCUGGGUCUUUCGCGCACGCUGCCCAAGAAUUUCACUUUCCCUUCCACCAGCAUAGGGGAGCCCAGGACACCCGAGCGCACGUCAGCGCACCUCGAUGUCCCGCCGCCGCCGCUGCGUCAUUCCAGCUGUCGCCUUCGCCGGUCUCGUGUGCGCUCCGGGACCAACGUCUUUGCGCAAGCCGAGUAUGACCUCAGCACGGCUCAUCCAAAUCCCUCCGACAUUCCCCUCCCCUCAAUCGAAUUUCCCACUUCCCGCGACACCUUCGUUGCCAACCCAGGCCCAGCGAUCCCGUCACGCGAUGACCGAUUCCUGGCGCCUCCUCGGGACCGAGUCGCCCUCAAGACCCCUCCAGCCCAGAUUCGUCCGGAUCUAGACAAGCAAUUGGUUGAGCCGUGGUCCCCCGAAGAUCAUCGGGACCUUGGAGAAAGCAUUCAACGUCCUGGAUCCGCCUGCUCGCAAGCAUCGGAUUCCUCUGUCUCGUCCAUUGAAACAUUCGGGUCGCGGCGCUCGGCGGGCGGAAGCUGUACGAGCAUGGAAAGCGAUUCGUACGAUCCAUUUUUCCAUCUUGAAUUGCCCCCAAAGCAUGUUACCGAGACGCCAACCAUGCGCCCAGCACACAAGAACAAAGCCCGGGCUUUUCUGGCAAAGGAGCGCUGGACAAUCGAGAUGGACAAUCAUCUGUGGAACACUUAUCAGCUAUACCUCCAGGAUCCAACGAUCACUCCUUUCAAGAUGACUCCGGGUAGUAUUCCGCCCCUAGGUGUCACUCAUAGAGUUGCACGCGACGCCAAACGGACCUGGGAGAAGCGCCGUUUCAGACUGGACAAGCAGUUCCCGUUCGCCAUACUCCAAUCACGUUCAGGCGGAGACACAACGCCGACCCCCAAGGCCGAUACCGCAAGACCAGUCUGGCCCAAGUCGGAGGCGUCGACCCGGCGCAGGCUGAAGCUUCUCUGCAGAAAGAAAUUUUCCAUCGCACCUCAUUACCAGCGAAUGAUGCAGUCGAAGAGCCCGACACCAUUUUACGAUUUGUUCACUCGGGCCUCACGGGAAACUUCUCAGGUCGAUGCCCCUAGUAAUAGUUCAACGGCCUAUGCAACACGCGAUCUGGGCGUAUCCUUGGUGGCUAGCUCGGUCCACGGACCUCUCGCUCAACUGACGGCAGAGCAUUCUUCUUUGCCGAAAAAGGACGAUGGGUGGUUCAACAAUCCGAGACUCGGGGUGGCGCAACCUGCACCAAUGGAGCCACACGUGCGGGACUUUGCGAACAUCAACGAGCAAGAACCCAUACCCCGCCUGGGGUCCCCAUUUACGUAUAAUACCUGGGGUCCCCAUGGCUCGAGAAAACGACACCAGCGUCAUACGCCACGGAGUAGACGAGAUACAAUCCACGUUACUGGUUCGCGCCUACGCUCCCCGCCGACGUUCCCCACUGUGGACCGUGAGACCACGAAUGCCAGCAAUGCGGCUGCCAUAGAGUCGCCUGUAGAACAGGAUACGUGGAAUCAAUUGGAAGAGCUUGUCCGCCAAGGAAAGUUGAACGAGAUGGAUCAACGCCGGAUACGAAUUCGCAAUCGUGGAGCGACAAUGAGUGCGGUGAACCCGAGGGGUAUCGAUCAGCUAUUUUCUCCACCGUCAUCUUCGUCUCGCCAAGCUGAUAGCCUUGCGGAAAAGCCUGUCAACCCUCUUCUCAAUUUGGUAGGGGACAGUAUCAAACGACUGGGCUCACCGUUCAAGGUUGAGACCGUCAAACGGCCCGAAACCUCGCCUCGGUACGUCAAACAUGCACCGUCUCUCUCCGACCCGUUCGCAAGUGGGUUACUCCCACAAUUCAGGCCGACCAAUUCUGGCACCCCUCUCAAGGCACCAGAGACGACUAGUCCGCUCCCUUAUGACCCGACAGAAGAAGGCAUAUCUGAUGCAGAACGAAUUCGCAGGCAAAUCCUCAACAUGCCCUACACAAGGCGAUAAUUGCUGGUGACAAUUAUCUCACUAAUGAUCUGGACGAUUGAUCGAUAGCGAUAUUGAUCGCAUUCGAUCAAAUAAUAAUGACAGAAACGGCAUUGACGAUCUUAUGACCUUACC